UUAUGCACACAUGAUUACACCUUACACCAAUGAGAAAAUUUAUAGGUUAUGUUUAUGUUUAAAAUUUAAUUAAAUUAAAAUAUAUUUUAAAAGUUUUGGUAAUAAUUUACCAUUUUUGAAUAAUGUCAAGUCAGUUAGGAAAGGUGCUGAGUAUAAUAUUGGCUGAACGAUUUGGUGCAGUGGUAGAAAAAGUAGGAACUUGCUUGUAUCAAUAUGGAAGUGCACCUUUACUUCACAUUAAAAAAAGAACUGAAUUACCCCUUUCAAAGCUCAAAGAAUCUCUCGCUAUACUUAUAAAAUAUCAACUUGUAACAUUUGUCCCUAACCAGAAUGAAAAUUUGGCGAAUUAUUGCAUAAAACCAGACAAAGUAUUACUCAUGUUACGAUAUCCAAAGUAUAUAAAUCUUAUAAAAAAGAAAUUUGGGGAUGCUUCGGAAAUGAUAAUCGAAGAAUAUCUUCUAAGAAGUUAUAUUUCAGCCUCCGAAGCUUUGAUCAAGAUCCAUGAAAGAUUAUCAAAAAACAAUGAGAAUAAUGUGUCAUUUGGUCAAUUGAAAAACGAAUUUAUUGCCUUAAUAAAUGCCAAAUAUUUAAUAAAGCUUCCACACAAUGAACAAGAAGAUAAACCUGUACCAAAAUUAGUUUUAAAUGAGAAAGACAUGCACAUACUCCCACCUAUAGAUAUAAAUUUACUCGUAAAAGCAAAAGCUGGCGAGCAGGUAGCGUUCCCUGAUAAAGAUAUUUAUUGGCAAAUAAACUUCGAUAGAUUCCACCAGGACAUGAGGGAUAAAAUUAUUUUUACUGCAUUUGCUAAAAAAUUUGACGAAAAUGCUGGGGAGCUAGUUAAAAUGUUGUUACAACAGAUGUAUAUAAGAACCGAACCUUGGGCAGAUGUGUCUAAUCCUAUCCCUAUUUUGGAAAUUAAAGAUAUGGUGAAGAAACAGAAGAAUUUAAGCCAGUUAAAUGCUGUUUUUGACCAAUAUAUUAAUGUAAUUGAACAAGAUCAGAGUAACUUAAUAAGAAAAGCAGGCAAUGGUACAUUUCAAAUUCAUCUAAAAGAAGCCUUUACUCAGUUUACGUGGGAGGUUGUAGAACACUGUGUUAUGGAAAAAUUCGAUACAAAAGCAGCUAGAAUAUUCAGAUUAGUCAGAUUAAAGAAAUAUAUAGAACCAGACAUGAUACAACAACUUGCCAUGAUACCAGCCAAAGAAGCCAAAAGACUAACUUAUCAACUAUUAGAAGAGAAUUUUUUGCAUAUUCAAGAAUUGAGGAAGGCCGCUGUAGGCGGUAGUGGUCCUAACAAAUCUUUUACUUUAUUUCACAUAAAUUUAGAUUUGAUUGUUAGAAUGCUUCUAGAGUUGUGUUACAAAACUUUGUUUAAUGUUAUGACUAGGCGAAAACAUGAAAAAAUAACGAACAAAAGAAUAAUUGAUAAGAAGCAGAGAGUAGAAACAAUUGCCUUGGGUAUGAGAGCACAAGGAGCAGCAGAAGAACAGUUAACUGAGAUUGAAGAAAUGAUUACGCCUCCGGAAAGAGAAAUUUUAGAAAAAAUCGACAGGACCAUGAAGAAGUUUAACACAGUCGAAUUAGAAAUUGAUGACACCAUAUUUUUGAUCGAAAUGUAUUUAAUGUAUCGGUAACAUUUUUUCAGUGCGCUAAGUGUAUCACUAAAUUAUUAUUUUUAUAUAACUUUUUGUUGUUUACAAAAUAUUGUUAUUCUAUUUCUUCCUAAGUUAUGUAUAUUGAUAUUAACCUUUAACUACACGCGCUGGCGUACUUUGUACGCCAGAUAUAAGAAUUCUACUGGAAAUAUAUUUAAAAAUUUAAUUUUUGACCUUGCUUAUUUUUCUAACCUAUCACUGGAAUGUGCUUUAUAAUUUGGUUUUAGUUUCGUUAUAAUCGGCGUUCUGGAAAGAUCGUAAUUUACAUUUUAUUAUUUGUUGUUUCCGGUGGUGGACAAUAUACCCCAGGAUUAUAUUACUAUAAGUCGUAAUAUAAGUACAUAUUUUAAUUGUUUUUUAGUCAUUAUGGCAAAAAAUAUAUUUUUCUUUAUAAACAAUACUUUUUCUCCUGUAAAAAAUCACAUUUAAAAAAAUUUUUUAUUAGUAAUUUUAUUUACCAUGGACUCCAGUUAUUCCAUGAUUCCAGUUAUAAAUCCCAAUUGGCUUACUGAAAAGGAACUCCAAGUAUUCACUGAUGCCGAAUAAGGUUUAUAACAAACAACUAAGUGUAUUUUUUCAAAAAAAAUUAAACAAAUCCGCUGUUUUUAAGUGUAUUUUCUUGUGGCGUACAAAGUACGCCACGCGUGUAGUUAUGUUAUAACUUGAUGCGCGGGUAGUUAAAGGUUAAAACUGAAACAAAUAAAUAAAAAAUCAUAA